AUGAUGACAACGAAUUUGAACGGCGGAGGAAGAGGUGGAGGAGGAGAAGGACCGUGCGGGGCGUGCAAGUUCUUGAGGAGGAAGUGUGUUCGAGGAUGCGUUUUCGCUCCUUAUUUCGAUGCAGAGCAAGGGACUGCUAGUUUUGCAGCGAUUCACAAAGUGUUUGGAGCAAGCAAUACCUCGAAGAUGUUACUGAGAUUGCCUUUGCACAAGCGGCUCGAUGCAGUGGCCACGCUCGGUUACGAGGCUUUGGCUAGGGUCCGUGAUCCUGUUUACGGCUGCGUUGGCCAUCUCUUCUCUCUUCAACACCAGGUGAUGAAUCUACAAGCUGAGAUUGCUCAUGUUCAAGCUCGUCUUUCAAUGUUUCAGCGUUUACCUCUAGUCCCACCACAACAAAUGCAGCAGCCACCUUUCGAUCUAGCGUAUAACAAUGAAUAUCCGAUGGAACCAACUAACUUGGAUGUUGUGUGGGAAGAAGAACAAUUACCUCAAACAGUUCGUCUUUAAGUAUUU